AUGGAUCCCACAGAUCGGGAUACUCAGGAAAAACUUGUUGAACUGGAGAAGGACCUGAAUGCAAAAUUUAUUAUUUCAAUGGAAAAAAAUAAAACAACAAUCACAAACUUAAAGAUACCGGAGGGUGGAACUGGAGACACGGGAAGAGAAAGAACAAAGACAUUUACCUAUGAUUUUUCAUAUUUCUCAGCAGAUAGUAAAAGUCCCAGCUUUGUGUGUCAAGAAACGGUUUUCAAAAAUCUUGGUACUGAUGUGCUUAAAUCUGCUUUUGAAGGUUAUAAUGCUUGUGUGUUUGCAUAUGGACAGACUGGAUCUGGAAAGUCCUACACCAUGAUGGGAAAUGCGGGUGACGCUGGUUUAAUACCUCGAAUAUGUGAAGGCUUAUUUAGCAAAAUCAGUGAGAAAACAAAGCGGAAUGAGGCAUCCUUUCGAACGGAAGUCAGUUAUCUGGAAAUUUAUAACGAGCGCGUGAGAGAUCUUCUCAGGAGGAAGUCAUCAAAAACUAAUAAUUUACGAAUACGAGAACAUCCAAAAGAAGGGCCCUAUGUUGAGGAUUUGUCUAAACAUUUAGUGCAAAAUUAUACUGAUGUAGAGGAACUUAUGGAUGCAGGAAAUAUAAACAGAACUACAGCUGCAACUGGAAUGAAUGAUGUCAGCAGCAGGUCUCAUGCCAUUUUCACAAUCAACUUCACUCAGGCUAAAUUUGAUUCUGAAAUGCCUUGUGAGACUGUUAGCAAGAUUCAUUUGGUAGAUCUUGCUGGAAGUGAGAGAGCAGAUGCCACUGGUGCCACAGGGGUUAGAUUAAAGGAAGGGGGAAAUAUUAACAAGUCUCUAGUUACUCUGGGAAAUGUCAUUUCUGCCUUAGCUGAUUUAUCUCAGGAUGCAACAAAUCCUCUUGCAAAGAAGAAGCAAGUAUUUGUGCCUUACAGGGACUCUGUGUUGACUUGGCUGUUAAAAGAUAGCCUAGGAGGAAACUCCAAAACUAUCAUGAUUGCCACUAUUUCACCUGCUGAUGUCAAUUACGGAGAAACUUUAAGUACCCUUCGCUAUGCAAAYAGAGCCAAAAACAUCAUCAACAAGCCUACUAUUAAUGAGGAUCCUAACGUCAAGCUGAUCCGGGAGCUGAGAGCUGAAAUAGCCCGGUUAAAAGCCUUGCUUGCUCAAGGGAAUCAGAUUGCCCUCUUGGAUUCUCCAACAGCUUUAAGUAUGGAGGAAAAGCUUCAGCAGAAUGAAGCAAGGGUGCAAGAACUGACCAAAGAGUGGACAAACAAGUGGAAUGAAACCCAAAAUAUUCUGAAAGAACAAACCCUGGCCCUCAGGAAGGAGGGGAUAGGUGUUGUGUUGGAUUCUGAACUGCCUCAUCUGAUUGGCAUCGAUGAUGAUCUCCUUAGUACUGGCAUCAUCUUGUAUCACUUGAAGGAAGGCCGAACAUACGUUGGCAGAGAAGAUGCUAUGACAGAACAAGAUAUUGGUGCUGUUAUAUUGCUUGGAAGAACCAAUAUGUUUCGCUUUAACCACCCCAAAGAAGCUGCUAAGCUAAGAGAAAAAAGAAAGAGUGGGCUGCUGUCUUCCUUCAGCUUGUCUAUGACAGAUCUUUCAAAAUCCUGUGAGAACCUGUCAGCAGUUAUGCUUUAUAAUCCAGGUCUUUUCCCUGUGAAAGGACCCAUCUGUCUAAGGCUAGAAUUUGAGAGGCAACAACGAGAGGAGCUUGAAAAACUGGAAAGUAAAAGGAAACAGAUAGAAGAAAUGGAAGAAAAGCAAAGAUCUGACAAAGCAGAACUUGUAAGAAUGCAGCAAGAAGUGGAGUCGCAGCGAAAAGAAACAGAAAUAGUACAGCUGCAAAUUCGCAAACAAGAAGAGAGUCUGAAACGGCGAAGUGUUCACAUUGAGAGCAGGCUGAAGGAUUUGCUGGCUGAAAAAGAGAAAUUUGAAGAGGAGAGGUUACGGGAGCAACAGGAGAUAGAGCUUCAAAAGAAAAAGCAGCAGGAAGAAAUCUUUGCCCGGGUGAAAGAAGAGUUGCAGCGACUCCAAGAACUUAAUCAUAAUGAGAAAGCAGAGAAAAUGCAGAUUUUCCGAGAACUGGAAAAGCUUAAGAAAGAAAAAGAUGAACAGUAUAUCAAGCUGGAAUCAGAAAAAAAGAGACUUGAAGAUCAGGAAAGGGAGCAGGUGAUGUUAGUGGCUCAUCUAGAAGAACAGCUUCGAGACAAACAGAUCAUGAUAGAGCUACUGAAGAGAGGAGAUGUUCAGAGAGUUGAAGAAGAGAAGAAGGAUCUUGAAGAUAUUAGGGAAUCUCUUUUGAAAGUCAAGGAAGCCCGAUCUGAAGGUGAUGAGAACAGCGAAGAGCUUGAAACAGCACAGCAUAAUUUCAUAGAAUUUAAAAGAAAGCAACUAGAGAMGUUGAAUAUUUUAGAGAAGGAUUUAGUUCAACAGAUGGAACACCUGGAAGAGGAAAUAGCGCAUGAAAAAGAAGCUUUGGACCACUUAAAAUUUCUGUACGAAGAACAGUUAGAUACUGUUAAGAAAGAGGAUGAAAACUUUGUGGAUGUUGCACUCAAGUCUGAAGAGUUUGAGAAGAUAAAGCCAGCAGAAUAUAGGCUGCAAUCUAAAGUACGCCAGCUUGAAUACCUGAAAAAUAAUCAUUUGCCAGCUCUGCUGGAAGAAAAGCAAAGAGCUUCUGAAGUCCUUGAUAGAGGCUUGUUAGGAUUAGAUAAUACUCUCUAUCAAAUAGAGAAAGAAAUAGAAGAAAAAGAAGAGCAGCUGGCCCAAUACAGAGCUAGCACAAACCAGCUGCAGCAGCUUCAAGAAACAUUUGAAUUCACGGCCAACGUAGCUCGCCAGGAAGAAAAAGUGCGGAAAAAGGAGAAGGAAAUCCUGGAGUCAAGGGAAAAACAGCAGAGAGAGGCUCUGGAACAAGCUGUCGCCAAGCUGGAAAGGAGGCACUCGGCUUUGCAGCGUCGUUCCACCAUCGACUUUGAAAUUGAGGAGCAGAAGCAGAAGCUGGCAACCCUGAACAACAGCAGCAGCGAGCAGGCAGGGCUGCAGGCCAGCCUAGAAGCUGAGCAGAAAGCCCUCGAGCAAGACCGGGAACGCCUGGACCAAGAAAUUCAGCAGCUGAAGCAAAAAAUAUAUGAAGGUGAUGGUGGACAGAAAGGAAACCAUGGCAUCUUAGAAGAGAGAUUUUCUCAUCCCAGUUCCCCUACCAGCCCCACGAAGCCCCAGCCGUCCUCCGUUCCACUAGUUGAUGAUAGGAUAAAUGCCUUCAUUGAACAAGAAGUACAGCGACGACUUCAGAAUAUUCAUCAGAGACCUGAGGAUAACCAUGCUAGACUGUCCUGGUCUACAGAAAGUUUAAAGGAUAAUGAGAGACUUAAUAAUGGCACUGUUCAACGCAAGCUGAAAUAUGAGCGGAUGGUCUGUCGUUCCCUGGGAGCAAGUCCAGACGACCUAAAGGACCCCAUUAAAAUUAGUAUUCCACGCUAUGUCCUGUGUGGGCAGGGAAAGGAUGAACACUAUGAGUUUGAAAUAAAGAUAACAGUUCUGGAUGAGACAUGGACAGUGUUCAGGCGAUACAGCCGUUUUCGGGAAAUGCAUAAAACUUUAAAAUUGAAGUACCCGGAGCUUGCUACUUUAGAAUUCCCUCCAAAGAAGCUCUUUGGCAACAAGGAUGAACGAGUGAUUGCAGAACGACGGAGUCACUUAGAGAAAUACCUCCGGAGCUUUUUCUCUGCAAUGCUGAGUUCUCCGUCCUCUCCCCUGCACCUCGACAAGGUGGGGCUGACCCUGUCCAAGCACACCAUUUGUGAGUUCUCCUCCUUCUUCAGGAAAGGUGUUUUUGACUAUAGCAGUCAUGGGACCAGCUAACUUUUGUGCCAGGUGAGAGGAGCCCAGCGCGGUGCCUUCCCUGUGGUGGGAGAGGAAAGCAGAGGGAGAAGAAAAGGCARCUUCACCCACGCCUGCAAACUCUCAUCAGGACUUCUCCGCUCGAGGACACAUGUGCCCUGACACUGCUCUGCUCUCUACCAGUUCUUYGCUUAGUGCCUGCAUUUUACUGGCAUGGGAUGUACGGACUUUAUUUUUGGUUUGUGCUGUUAAUAAUGUACAAAACUUCAGACUCGUAGGCUCGUUAGUGGGAGCCCUUCCUUUCCACUUGCUCAGACAAUUCGCUGUGAUCGUGCAAGAGCAGCUCCUGUUUCCUGGGCCUUUCAGUUCCUCUGCACACUGUUCCUUGAAGAAUAUUGCAAUUUUGUAACCUUAUAACAUCCUGGAUGGCAUUUAAGCUCAUGCUCCAUGGUUUUUUUUCUUUUUUUUCUCCCUGGAGAUAAAUUUUAUCUAUUUGACUGUAUAGUUUUCCUCAGAAUUAAAGGGCCGCAGUGACUUGAUUGUUUACAAAAUAUGUACAAACAGAAAGAAUAUAAUUUAAAUCCUGUAAAAGUCUUCCACACGUGAUUCUUUUGAAGCAGAAUGAAACACUUCCCGUUAAUUAAACAGUAAAGGAAGCAAUAGUUACUGCAGAAUGCAGUCAGUGUCUUUUCAUGUGUUCUAAUUACUUAGAAUGUAACUGGAUACUGUGCCCUGUACAGAGCUCAGAGCUAUGCAAUAGCCUAAUGCAAAGUGCUAUAUAUAUAUAUAUGUAUGUAUGUAUGUUUUGGGUUUUUUUUUUUUGAAAUAUAUCUUCUUCACAACAGCGGAACACUGUAAUGCCUGAGUUUUACCUGCAUCAUUUAAAAUUUACAGGAUUUUACUAACACUAUGUUAAAAUUACUCAGGACUCAUUCAUAAUUGCACAUGUAUAUACAGAUAGAACUSAUUUUGUAUCACUGUGGAUCCAAAAGAAAUAUACACUGUGACUGGAAUUGGGUACAUGUACAUGUUUAUGUAUAAUUGGUUGUAUAAAAAUCAGAAUCAAGCAACUUUCGGGUAUUAAAAAGCAUAAUGAA